AUGCCCGCCGACAAUUUGCCAAAUCUCUAUGUCGACAAGCUUCUGUCUCAGGCUCGAGCCACGGGCGGCCUAAAGGACAGCAAACCAUUUGCCGUUCAGUUACAGAACAACAAAGUAGACGAGCUACUGGGAAAGAUAACGUCACUAGUCCAGUCUCGCCUACCACGACAUGACACGGCGUCUUCUAAACCGUUGCAACUUGCUAGAGAAAACCGCGGUAUCGUCAUCGGUGCCAGCGAGGCCAACUCUUACUUAGAGGUAGUCCCUGAAGCUAUCUUUGGCGAAUAUGAUUGGAUGUUGGCAAACGCACGUUAUGGAAGACUACUCUCCCGGGCGGCGUCUUCUCUCUUCUGCGCCGGUGUGACGGGGAAGACCGAGGAAUACUUCCUAGAGGUCAUCGACCAGCUCGAGAGCGAGUUGGAGCGUUGGAGGAUGACGACCCCAGUGAACGGAAAGCCGAACGACACAUUCAGGAUCAAUCUCAUUGAGACCUCCCUCCUCAGGACGGCUUCUGUCUGGACCCACCUUAUGUACAACAGCUUCAGGUUAGCCCUCUGCCGCGCGAGGCUGUAUCUGGCGGCGAGGACACGCGGGCUCGUGAGUACGGCCAGUCAGGCCGAAAGCACGAGCAUCAUGUCCGAGGCCGCGCGGAACGUGCUGGAGUUGGCAGCUUUCAUCGACGUGGAUCCCUCUACUCCGUUUUGGUUCGCUGCUGGGAUCCCUAUGGCGUCACUCCUGGUCGUAUUCGACGUGGUGAUAAGCUAUCCGAAACACCCGGAAACAAACACGAACCUCGCUCUGCUGGACGUCGCGGGCGGCCACUUCAGCAGGAUCGAGUACGCGAGUGCUGGUUGGCUUCCGGGCUCUCUCCUAACUCAGUUCUCACAAAUCGCUCGAGAGUAUGUGAGCAGGGGCAAGACUAAUGACGGGAGCAGCGUGCUACCCGGCAAGCCACAGACCGAGAGAGUCACAUCAACAAGCUCAGGAAAAGUACCUCAACCGGCGCUGGAUGGCGACCUUGGAGCCACGAGCGGUCCUCCUCUGCAGCCCGCGUUUGAUACGGUGCCGAUUCCUAGUGGAGACCAGGAGUUUCAAUUGUCGGAUAUGUUGUAUUUCCCUAUGGGCGAUGACCCUUCCCAAUUUGGCGAUGGGCUACUAAACGGCACGGACUUGAUGGAGCUAUUUCAUUCGUCCAUUCCUUGGGACUACCGGAUGGACGAAUAA